AUGUUUGUGUCAGCCAUUUCUGGGUCAUCAAUAGGAACUUUUUUGAUCCUGAAAACUGUGCAGAAAUACAAAAGAGUGUCUUUUAUUGUUUUGCUUUUGGCGAUUACUAUGGUUAUAAGCUUGAUCGGGAUUCCUUUGUAUGGGAUACUUAAUACUGUAGACCAAAUAGAAAAUGGGAGCAUGAAGUAUGGGUUUAAUGCAUUUUGCUAA